AUGGCCAAGGGUUCGAACGAGAUGACCGAGCACGCCGAGGCUCAGGACAGCUUCCAGUACAGGCCCAAGGAGCACGACGGAAAGAAGAAGGACGGCUCGCCUGACAAGCGUGUUAGCAGCGAGCACGGCUUCGGCGGAAACAAGGAUCUCGCAUCGGAGGCGGGCAAGCGCGGCGGCUCGAAGACCCAGGAGGACAUUGGCCACUAA